AUGGCCAGCGCUUUAGUUGCUCGUAGUCGAUCCAACAGCGUGAACUCGGUCGAUUCCGCAGAUUCGUACCAGGUCUUAUCUGGUGUUGGCGACGACUGGGAGACACUCUCUGCCUCCCCAUCCGAGACCGGUGCUACGGUCCUCUCUGAAGAUGAGAGUGGCGCCGAGGGUCCUAAACCUCGCGCAAAGGCGUCACCCGCGACUGCGAGCCAGUCGUUCGCCUCGCAGCCGCCUUCGGUACCUGCACCCCAGCACACGUCUCAUGAGCUUGAUGAAUCUCAUGUACGAGGCCCACUAUCGUCCAGAGUGGACGAUCUCAGCUCUUUAGUGGAAUCCCAAGGCGGUUCAACCCCGCGCGAUGCACGGCAGGAAGCUAAAGAGCCUACUGGACCCACUGCGUCGGUGUCACCACGCUUGGCUACCAGUACUGGUUGCGGUGCGAGCUCUUCUCUGAACAUCUUUGUGGAACCAGACUCCCCGAUAUCUGCGGCUUCCGAGACGCUUGUGGAUACUACUCAUGUCCAGCCACACCCUACUAUACCUAUACGGGAGCGCCGCGUCUGGAUGCACACGAGCCGCACCCUCCCUCUAAAUCUCAUCGCCAACGCGCCCUUCGUUGACGCAGACGGCUCACCCGUCAUGAUCGGCUCUGCACUGGUCGAUGGUGCAGUACAUCCCUGCAAGAUCACUCUAUCACGCCUGGGCGACGCAGGCUUCUCUCCAGUCCGCAUGGCGUAUCGAGGAAGCGAGACGGUCCACUUCGGAGUGUACGAGGUUCUGGAGGUCAAUGAAGAUACGAUGGAGUGGGUCAGUGCGAGAGAUGGGAGGUUACCGAGGGGACGCGCGCCUGUUGAGGGUGGCUACGAUCGGGAGGGGAGGAGGUUCUACUACGCUGUUACCACCAUCAAAGGCUUUGGAGUGCCAGGAAAGGCAUCUGAACAUGAUAAUGCACAUUUUGCUUACGGAGGAAGAGUUCACGUCAAACGAGAGGACUAUCGUAUCCUGUGCUGGCGCCCGCAAUAUUAUGUUCCGGACAUCACCCAUGAUCCGUGGGAGGUUGAGCACGCGCCGUUCACGGACUCGGGCGGCCAAGCGCCGGUUCAUGUUGUCUCAGUCCCCUACGGCAAAACACUCCAGCCAGGCAAAGCUACCCUGCACCCCGAUGCAGUCCGUGUACGCAUCCCAUACCUUUGGCGAGAGGUUGAGGUAGAUUGGACUGCUGACGAACGGCCUCUGAACGUUCUUCAUGUUGAUCCAGAUGCGAUGGAUUGGAUCAGUACCUCGCAUGGAAGGAUCCCUGUAGGAGUGCAGCCAGUUGAGGGAGGGUACGAUAAGACCGGAGAGAGGUUCUAUCAUGCCAUUUGCACUUUCAAUGGCGUCACCGUGCCAGGAAAGACAGGCGAACACUUGUGCGGGGCGCGGUUCCCGUGGAAUGGGAUUGAGCACUCCAUCGAGUGCGAGUACAAGAUACUUUGCUGGAAACCCGUCCCUGGCGCGAGCGCGUACACAUCACUCAUACCUCCACCUCCGACUCUCCUUCUGAGCGACGCCCUCACUCCCGCAACCCGCAUCCUGAACCCGUUGACCCCAGACGGCAUGAACAUUGGUUUGGCACACCACUCAGACGGUUCUCGGCACCCUGGCACAGUAGUCCGCGGAUCCCUCGAGCGAAUGCUCUAUGCCCACGGAGGACGCGCAAUCUUAGGUUCUUCCGGAGCGUACGACGUCCUAGUGUAUGAAGAGAACGUCAUGGAAUGGGUGCCUGCGAGGGAGGGCAGGGCUCCUGCUGAUAGACGGCCGGUUGAGGCCGGGUACGAGAGGAACGGGAAGAAGCUUUGGUUCGCGAGGUACAUGCAGGCGGCGCCGUACGUGUUCGGGAAGACCGGAGAGCAUUUGCAAUCAGCACACUUUGUGAGGGACGGUCAGGAGUUGAAAGUUCGGGCGGGUUACGACGUCUUAUGCUGGAAGGAUGCCUAA